AUGGAGUAUCAAAAAACCAUAGUUAAGAAAUACCCCAAGGUUCAAAGUCAAAAGAAUACUGCAGAGGCGAAAUAUUGGAAACGAUUCAAGUCGCCCAUCGUCAUAAAAGAAUAUGCUAGUGUCACUUCUAUAUACUUUUCACCAGUCUCACCCUACGAUUUUGCAGUUACAUCGUCUACACGUGUGCAGAUUUAUUCUUCUAAAACACAUCAACCGAAAAAGACUAUCUCUCGAUUCAAAGAUACAGCUUAUUCAGGCAGUUUCCGUCAGGAUGGCAAACUCAUUGUUGCUGGUGAUGCCACUGGUUUGGUUCAAAUGUUUGAUGGAGGUUCUCGAGCCAUUUUGAGAACGUUUAGAGACCAUAAAAUGCCUGUUCAUGUUACAAAAUUUUCCACCAACAAGUCGAAUAUUUUAUCUGGCUCAGAUGAUCAAACAGUUCGAAUUUGGGACAUACCAACGGGGGAAAGCGUCAAUGUAUUUGAAGAGCAUGAUGAUUAUGUUAGAGCGGGUGUUGUCAGUUUGGAUAACCCUAACUUAUUUGUCAGUGGCUCUUAUGACCAAACAGUAAAAUUAUGGGAUAUGAGACAACCUGACAGCGUGAUGACAAUGAACCAUGGAGCGCCCGUAGAAUCACUUCUAAUAUACCCUAAUGGAGGGGCAAUUGUCUCUUCUGGUGGGCCUACAGUCAAAGUGUGGGAUUUAUUGAGCGGUGGAAGAUGUAUGCAUACACUGAAUAACCACCAAAAGACAGUGACGAGCAUGUGCUUCGAUGGAUCAGCCUCACGAUUAGUAACAGGUUCUUUGGAUCAGCAUGUCAAAAUCUUUAAUGUCCAGGAUUAUAAAGUUGUUCAUAGCGUUAAAUAUCCUGCACCUAUUCUCAGUGUAGCAUUGUCGCCAGAUGAUACCCACCUUGCCGCUGGUAUGUCAAACUGUUUAUUAUCCAUCCGUCAGCGUCAACUCAAGUCCUCCGAGAAAGCGAUGAAAAAGAAGAAUGAAGAAUACCUUAAAGGAGGCACAUACAAAUACUUUAUGCGUGGACAAGCCAAUACAGCAGCUCAAGACGAUUUUGUGGUGGAAUCUGUAAGACGACAGAAAUUGAAAAAGUAUGACCAUUUCAUGAAGGCAUUCCAGUAUGCCAAUGCAUUGGACGAAGUCUUACGAGUGAGUGGACAAACACCUGUUGUUGUGGCUGCCGUUUUACAAGAAUUGAUCCAUCGUGACGGUUUGAAGACAGCAAUAACAGGUCGUGAUGAUGUGUCUUUAGAACCACUUAUGCGCUUUUUGAUCAAGCACAUCCAUCAUCCAAGAUUCACAAAUCUGUUGGUUGACGUAUCAGAAACAGUGAUAGAUUGCUAUACACGUGUCUUUGGUCAAUCUCCACUUAUCGAUGAGCUUUUAUCUCGUCUAUCAUACAAAGUGAAACAGGAAAUACAACUACAAAAAGACCUUAUUGAAACAAUGGCUGCAUUGGAUAUGUUAUUUGCCAAAUCUGCUUCUGCAGUUGCAGCCAGUCAUUAA